UUGGCGGCGGCGGCCUCGGAGUACGUCGAGAUCGAGAGCGGAUUGAGAUUCAGGGGAAUGGAUGAGCCGUCGCGGGAUUUAGAUACACUGAAACAGAUCCUCGAGGCAUUGCAGCUCAAGGGACUCCUGCACUCGGCGAGCGGCGGCCGCAACCACAUCGGUUACAAUUCCCACUCGCCGGCGCCGAGUCCUCGCCGGCGCCCGAGCCCGAGCCCGAGCCCAAUCACCACAGCCAGGAACGAAAGCAACGCAAUUGGAAGAAAAUCGAACUCGCUCGUGAAGCCCAAACCUGUGAGCGUCGAAACCCAACCGAGCCCGUCGAAAACCGGCGAGCCUCUCUGGUUCAGUCACCUAUUUUACGAAGAUGUGCCCCUGAGAAGUAUCAAAUUCUCAGUUGAAAACCCCCCAAACUCAAAUCUGAUUCCCGUCCUCCCGCAUCAACCUGUCACAGCCGUCUCCUGCCUCAGGCUAGCCUCGCCGUCGGAGUGCCUUUGGUUUCAGACGUCGCCGGAGCACCGGUGGAAUCGUGGCUGGUUGCGGAGGCGCUCCUCUUUGAAGGUGGUUGCAGCGGAGCUAGGCGGUGGUGGCGGCGGGAUGGUUCCAGGCAGAGGUCACCAACAGAACUAUCUUGCAAGCAUUGACGAGGCUAAAGGUUUAUGGGCUGAUCCUACCCGUGGAAAUCGGAACCCCAAGUCCUAG